AAUAUUGAACAGUUCGCACCAUCCUAACGAGACGCUUCCUGGCUUUGUUUGCGACCUUAUAAAAAAAACUUAGUUGUUGUCAUGAUGAUUAAUUGUUUGUGACCAUAGCAAAAGUUAUUUCGUUAGCGUAAACAGAAAAAUAUGUACAGCACGUUAUCAUCAAUUAUGUUAGGCUUGUAAUUGGCUGAAAUAUUAAUAUGUCUAAUUGCCAGGGGAAAGUUUCUUACCUCAAUAUUUUUGUCUUCUCGUCAGUAACGCUUGCUACUCCAUUAACAGCAGUGGCCGUAGAGAUCUCAGUGGCAGUGGAAAAGGCGUUUUUAGAGUACCAAGACGAGAUCUCUCGUUCAAAGGAGGAGAAUCAACGACUGCAGAGGCUGCUGGAUUCUGUUUUUAAUCCAGAUUUAAAAUUGCAUAAAGCAGAACCCCCCCAGCUAACUCUUACUGUCUCAGGAGAUGAGGUCCCGUCUGACCAGCAGCACUCUGAACGGGACUGGAGUGAUCAAGAAGACACAGAGUUCUUCAUCUCCUGUGUUGAGAGUGACAGUGAUCCAGACUCAUCCCAAGUCUCACAUCUUUACCAAACUGGAAAGACUGCUGCGGAAGAGAUUCAGACGAAAUCUGAAGGGGAUGAUGGUGUAUCAGAAUCCACCAGUGCCGCUCCCCUCACACAGAUAAAGCCUCUCAAAAUAAAGAGGACACUGUUAAAGAAAGGACAAAGCUCAUAUGUCUGCGAUGAAGGCAAGACAAUAAGUAAACUGAAUGAGCCACCAACUGCUCGAACCAGGAAGAGGUCCUACAGCUGUAAUGAGUGCACAGCAACCUAUGACAGACCAUGUCAUCUGGAAACACACAAGAGGACUCACACAGGUGAAAAACCAUAUGAGUGCACAGACUGUGGCAAACGCUUUAACCGCAAGCAUUGCCUGCACGUCCACAUGUUAACUCACACAGGGGAGAAACCGUACUGUUGCCAUUACUGUGGCAAAUGCUUCGCUCUGAACACAAGGCUGAUAGAUCACCUGAGGAUCCACACAGGGGAGAAACCGUACAAAUGCCCAUUCUGUGCCAGGUGCUUCACAUUUCCAUCUCACCUAAGUCGUCACAAGAAGCUCCACACAGGGGAGAGACCGUUCCAAUGCAACGUAUGUGGAAAAUGCUACACACGGAAGGAGCAUCUGACUGACCACAUGCGAUCCCACACUGGAACGAAACCAUACAGCUGCAAGCAGUGUGGCAAGAGCUACGCACUACAAGGAAACCUGCGAUUGCACAUGGCAAGUCACACAGGGGGGAAAUUAUGCAAGUGCCCCGUGUGUGGACUAGGGGUUCUAAAUCUAAGUCGCCACAUGCAAGUGCAUACAGGGGAGAAACCGCACCAGUGCCAAGAUUGUGGGAAGUGCUUCAACCGAAAGGAAAAACUGACCGAGCACCUAAGGACUCACACGGGAGAAAAACCGUAUCGCUGUCAAAAUUGCGGCGAAUGCUUUAGGCUUAAUGUAACCCUGAAAAAACACAUGGCAACACACACUGCUGCAGUGAGUCCUACUCCAUGAUGACAACUCAAGAGGACACACAGAGAGAUCUUUUCAAUGCAUGUUUCAGCAGAAUUGUUUAUAUUAAGAGCCAAUUUGCAUAAGAAAAUAGUUGCUUUGUUAAAUUCCAAUUAUAUGUUUUGUUUGACUUGUUUUUGAAUAAAGGGCACAGUUGCUUGUUAGACAAACUGACUAGAAAUCUUUACACUUAGAUAAUCCACCAAAUGUUUAAUUAUUUAGUCACCAAACCACUUAGAUUUUUGUAAAUUAGAUUACAAUUUAAAAAAUUAACAUCAAUUUCACUGACAAUUUCACUAGACAUUCUGAAGCAAUUACUUGACUGCACAGCCUUUUGCCAAAAUAAAUGCAAAUACAUAAUUGAUAGAUUGUUUGGCAUUGAAAGCCCAUGUAUUCUUAUAAUAUUCUGAACAUUUCAACAUGGUACAGCUAGAAGAGGACGGGCGAACUCCUAGAGCCCACUCUCUAGGUUUCUUCCUAUGUUCCAAUUUCCAGGUUUUCCUAGUCACUGGGCUUCAACAUAUUAUUGCUAACCCUGGGGUUUUAUGCUGUUUGAAGCACUUUGUGACAACUGCAGCCGUAAUAAAUGCGAUUUUUUCUUUGAGAUCUAUUGCUUCUUUAACAUUCCCAAACUGGAACUGUUUGACAAUCUGGAGCUUCUUAUUUUUAACUGCAACAGCUUCCUCAUGUUUUAAUGAAGAACAGUUUAACCAAGCAGUACUUGGUAUUUGAUGACAUCACUUUUUUUGGACCCUGAAACCUUGUUAAAAGAUCAGAUUUUAUUUCAGUGUUAAAUUUUGUAAUGUGUGUUCCUUUUGUUUAUUUUGUUUGACCAUGUUGUUGUCACUGUUAUCUUGUGUAAACACCAUUGCUGGUUUGUGUCCUUUAGUUUGAAAGCGUGCAUUUGACAUUUUUAUUUAAUUUAAAAAGUAUGACAGACGAGCAUUACAAGUGUAGACAUUUUUUCCCGCUCUGUCUCAAGUUGAAAUCUUUACUACCAAUUAUACUGUAAACACUUGUUUAAACACUGGUAUGGGUAAAAAGUCAAUAAAAACUAUUUAAACAGUU